CAGUCUUUUUCUCAACGACUUAGUAUUGCACCUAAUUAAGAGAUGAUCAACUCUAAGUUUUCUCUUCUCUUUGUUCUAGAUGCUCUUUUCUGCUUUCUUGGUGCCAUGCAGCUUGUAUCUUCCCGGGUUGACCCGAAGGCUAUAAGCUUUAUUGAGCCGUCCCUGAUGGAUUCAAGGAACUACAUGCUUGAGGAAGAUAAGUCAUUUUAUCAUCCCACUGCUUGUGGUGAAGGCCCUAGUGUGGGUGGGGGUGAAGCGUCAGGAGGAGGUUCUGGUUAUGGUUAUGGGAAAGGGUAUGGUGAAGGCAUAGGUAAUGAUGGUGAUGGUAGUAGUGGUGGAGGAUAUGGAGGUGGAGGUGGUGGAGGUAGUGGCGAAGGAACAGGAGAUGGUUCCGGUUAUGGUUAUGGGGAAGGGUAUGGUGAAGGAGUAGGUAGUUAUGGUGAUGGUGGUAGUGGUGGAGGAUAUGGUAGUGGAAGUGGUUAUGGUUAUGGUAAUGGAACUGGAACUGGAGCGAGUGCAGGAGGAGGUGGUGGAGGCGGUGGUGGUGGUGGUGGUGGUGGUGGUAUGGAUGGAGCUAAUGGUAAUGGAUGUGGUGAAAGUGAAGGUUAUGGAGGAGUUGGAACACCUUGA